UCUUGAGCGAUUUCUUUUCGGAUCGUUUGUUCUUAACAAAAAUAUAAUUGCUCAAGUUUUUAAGUAAUAAUUAUUGCGUUACUUUGAUAUUUCAUCGCCAUGAGUAAACGUAUACGGUCAGUAAAUUGUUGUAAUCCAUUCAAUGAGUCACAUAAAAAAGGAGUUAAAGAUUUAAGAAAAUUUCCCGACGAAGAUCGUUGGAAAUUUCCUGACUUAGAUGACACUUCAAUGUUAUGUGUGCGUUGUCGAUUCCGUGUCAAAGAAUAUAUUCCGCCGGCAUCAGAGGAAGAGGAAAUUAUUUCAAGUCAAAUUAGUGUUGAAAGUCUGAAUAUAUCAGCUGAAAUUUGUACUCAAGGAAGCAGUUUAUCUCGAACUGUCAGUAAUUUUAGCGACAAUCUACGUGAUUACAAUGAUCAUUCUUUAGAGCGAUUUUUGAAAAUUCCUCUUAUUGAAAAAGACAGGUUAUAUUCUGAAAAAAAUUAUGGAGUAAAAAAACUUGAUAAGAGCUAUGCUGCCCUAGAGAAUAAGUUCCAAUCACAAUUUGGAAUAGUACCUGAAUCUACCUACAGAAAGAUUAAUCAAGAUCAUUGUUCCAUGAUAGCUAAAGUGAAGAAAUUAUAUAACGCUAAAAGUGUUAUUUUUCAAUUUCGUGUUUUAUGUUAUUGUUCAUUUUUUCAUAUUAAUACGAUCGAUCGUUUGCUUUACAGAUCAAUAAAAAAGAAGCUGCUUUCAAUUUUACCCGACAGUUGGGAAGUCAGUCGCAUAGCAUCUGAAUUUAACUGUUCUCGAAAAAUGGUACUGAAUCUUAAAAAUGAUAUCAGUGAAUCUGAGAAUGUUGAUUUAGACUCUGGUGAAAUGACUACUAAUACUUUGAAUCUCACAAAAGUUCCAGGCAAUCAGCUGCUUAAGUUAGAUGUAAAAAAACUUGUCAUUGAUUUUAUGAAAGCGAAGAAAACUCAAAACAAUUAGCGGGCAUGAAAGAUUUUAAAUCUGUGAAGUAUUGUGAUGGAAAUCGAACUACACAUGUCGUAUGUGUUUGUACUAUUCAUCAAAAUGUAAAAUUGAUGUUAGAAGGAUGUAAUUUUCUAAAAUUUGCGAAAAACACCGAUUGGGUUGUAGAAUCUCAGCCAAUUUACAAAAAUUUAUUAAAUAAAUUAGUUUGUAACAAUCCAAAAGAAUCGUGCUUUUCCAGAAUGUGCAAUAGUUGUCCAAAUAAUGAAGAAAUCGCUGAUUAUUUUCGUUUGUCGUUUAAUGAAUCUGAUGUUAAUGAAAUCCAAUAUAAAAUGUGGACAUCAACAGACCGUUGUACUAUUGUGAAUGUUACUUCAGAUUCCGAAGACUUCAUCGAGACUUUAGUGACGCAACUUGAUAAGCUUUUGAAACAUGAUUUUAUUGCGAAAACACAAAGUCGAUUUUUUCUGAUACAAAACUAAAUUUAAAGAGCGGGGAAUUCGCCGUAGUAUUUGACUUUGCGGAAAAUUAUGCAUUCGUUGUGCAGGAAGCAGCUCAAGGCUUUCAUUGGAAUAAUGAUCAAGCUACUAUAUUUCCAAUGGUGAUUUAUUAUAACGAAAAUGAUACUAUUAAGCAUUUGAGCUUUGUUGAUAUUUCAGAUUGUCUUAAGCACGACACAGUUUUAAUUUAUUUAUUUCAAGAGCAAUUGAUUGCCUUUCUUAAAAAGAAGUUUGCUGUCAUCAAUACGAUUUUUUACUUCUCUGAUGGAGCUCCACAACAAUUCAAAAACAAGAAAGCAUUUACAAACUUAUGUUAUCAUUAUGCUGACUUCGAAAUCAACGCUGAGUGGCAUUUUUUUGCAACUGCCCAUGGCAAAGGACCAUGCGAUGGUCUUGUGGGUUCAUUAAAACGAUAUGCUGCUAGAGCUUCAUUACAAAUGAAAAAUAAAGAGCAUAUACUGAAACCACAAGAUUUGUUUUCCUGGGGAACGAAAAAUUUUACAAGCGUUGACUUUACUUUUAUAGCUAAUGACGAUUAUUUAAUAAAAAAAAAUGUGUUAGACGUACGAUAUUCUCAAUCGAAAACAGUGAAAGGUACACAGUCAUUACACACUUUUGUGCCUUUAAAAGAUGAAAUUGGAUAUGCUUUCAUUAAAACUGUGUCCACAUCUCAAAAAAGUUCAAAAAUAAAAGUAUUUUAAUUAUAAUGAAUUUGCGUUUAAUUUAAUUGUGACGAAACAAA